GUCAAAAUACUGAGUAAGACCACAGAAAGACUGGUAAGAUGAAAAAGAGAAUAUUUGUAACUGUCGGAACAACAAAAUUUCCAAAACUAAUUAAUACAAUUACUAACGAGAAAGUGAUUCGUUCUUUCAUAUCUUUAGGGUAUGAUUAUAUUCAAAUUCAAACCGGAAAAGAUGUCAUUAAACCACCAGUUGUUGAUUUACCACACACAAUAAAGCAGGAAGGAACCUCUGUUAUUAUAGAAAUCCAAGACAAGUUGGUAAUAAAAUACGAUUCCUACUUUGAAGAUUUCGAACAAGAAAUAGUAAACAGUGAUUUAGUAAUUAGUCAUGCAGGAGCAGGAACUUGUUUGGAAGUGCUUAAGAAAGGAAAACAUUUGUUAGUUGUAGUUAAUGAAGAUUUAAUGGAUAACCAUCAAAUAGAAUUAGCAGGGCAGCUUCAAGAUAAUGGCUACUUAUAUUAUUGUACUUGUGAUACACUGAAUGAUAUGUUAUACAAAAACUUUUUAGAUUUAAAACAGUAUGGGGUUGCAGAUAGAGUUUUAUUUUCAAAUUAUUUAGAUAAAAGUAUGGGAUUUGCUUAACAUGGUAAUUUUACUAAAUUUAUCAUAAGGAAUUUACAAUGUUUUAAGUGUUCUUAAAUUUCAAAGAAUUUACAUUCUUCUUCCUGUUUAUAGCAAUUCUGCUUGUUCAUUGGUGGAAUAAUACCUCUAUGGAAGGUUGUCACUCCACUUGUCUACUCCAUUCUGCUUAUGUUGUUAUUCCAUUCUUCUUUUCUAUUUUGUGUCCAUUCAUUUAUAGACAGUAUGUUACAUUUUCUUCUAAUGUCUUCACUUAUCUUUCGAUCUCUCAGAAUAAUUCCUGUAAUUCUUCUCAGUAUUAAAUAAGUUAAAUGUGUUUAUAAAUAUGUUAUUAUAAAAAAAAAUGACAAUUCAAUAAUAUUAAAUAUUAACAAUUCAUUUGUAAAUGUGGAACACUUUAUGUUUUUAUACUAGCUUCAGUGAUGAAUAUACAACAAUUGGAACUAUAUGCAGUAGAUUAACUGGUUACCUGUGCAAGGUCGAUAUAGAAAAUCUUCAGAAAUAAUAAAAAUAAUAUAUUGGAUGUCUUGUUAUGUCUAGCCAACAUAUGGUGAUCUACGGACCUCAGUAGGUCAUCUCAUUGCCCAGAAAGAGAACUCAAUAUAUCCUAACCUAAACGAAACUAAUUAAGAUAAAAUAUAUUAAUCAGUGUAUAUUAUUAAGAUAAAAUUUACAGGUUUCCUUCCUGGGCUGUAAAAUGACCUAUCCUAACCUAAAUAAAAAUAAUUAAGAUAAAAUAUAAUAAUCGAUGUAUAUUAUUAGGAUAAAAUAUGAGUUCCUUUUAUGGGGUGUCAAUAGUUCAUCUCACACCCCAGAAAGGGAACUGAACCUAUCCUAACCUAAACAAAACUAAUUUAAGAUAAAAUAUCUUAAUAUAUUAAGAUAAAAAUAUAAGAGUUCUGUUAAUUAUUAUUAUCUAACUCAACCUAUCCUCAUCCAAACAAAAAUAAUAAAGGUAAAUUAUAUUAAUUAGCGUAUAUUAUUAAGUUAAAAUAUACAAGUUAACUUCCUGGGGCGUGAGAUGACCUACUGACGUCCUACGGACGAAACUCAACCUAUC